GCCGCGCAGGCGCGCAGAGUGCCCCGGCUCCCGAGCAUAAACAAGAGCGGGCAAGGGAUGAGGCGGCGGUUGAUCCCCGGGCAGCCAGCUGCGGCCUCCGAGGCGGCGAGCGGGGCCCGGCGCUGACCCUAAGCGCACCCGGCACGCCCUCCCGCGCGCGAUCCCCCAGCCGGGCCCGCCCGCCGCGCGCCCACCAUGAACCUGGCGAGUCAGAGUGGCGAGGCCGGCGCCGGCCAGCUGCUCUUCGCCAACUUCAACCAGGACAACACGUCCCUAGCUGUUGGUAGUAAGUCCGGUUAUAAAUUUUUCUCCCUUUCUUCUGUGGAUAAGCUGGAACAGAUCUAUGAAUGCACUGAUACUGAAGAUGUGUGCAUUGUAGAAAGACUGUUUUCAAGCAGCUUAGUGGCCAUCGUUAGCCUCAAAGCUCCUAGGAAGCUAAAAGUUUGCCAUUUUAAGAAAGGCACCGAGAUCUGCAACUACAGCUACUCGAAUACCAUACUGGCUGUGAAGCUGAACAGGCAGAGGCUAAUAGUGUGCCUGGAGGAGUCUCUGUAUAUACACAACAUCCGGGACAUGAAAGUCCUGCACACGAUCCGGGAGACCCCCCCGAACCCUGCAGGCUUGUGUGCACUGUCCAUACACAACGACAAUGGCUACUUGGCGUACCCAGGCAGUGCCACCAUUGGAGAGGUGCAGGUCUUCGACACCAUGAACUUGAGAGCUGCGAACAUGAUCCCGGCUCACGACAGUCCUUUGGCGGCGCUGGCGUUUGACUCCAGUGGCACCAAGCUCGCCACUGCCUCGGAGAAGGGGACCGUGAUUAGGGUAUUCUCCAUUCCAGAGGGACAAAAACUCUUUGAGUUCCGGAGAGGAGUUAAGAGGUGUGUGAGCAUCUGCUCCUUGGCCUUCAGCAUGGACAGCAUGUUCCUCUCCGCGUCCAGCAACACUGAGACUGUGCACAUCUUCAAACUCGAGACUGUGAAAGAAAAACCUCAGGAGGAGCCCACCACCUGGACCGGGUACUUCGGGAAGGUGCUUAUGGCUUCCACCAGCUACUUGCCCUCCCAAGUAACAGAAAUGUUCAACCAGGGCAGAGCCUUUGCCACAGUCCGCCUGCCUUUCUGUGGCCACAAGAACAUCUGCUCCCUGGCCACAAUUCAGAAGAUUCCUCGGCUGCUGGUGGGAGCUUCUGACGGGUACUUGUACAUGUACAACCUGGACCCCCAGGAGGGGGGCGAGUGCACCCUGAUGAAGCAGCACAAGCUGGAUGGCAGCAUGGAGACGACCAAUGAAAUCUUAGACUCAGCCUCUCACGACUGCCCCUUAGUGACCCAGACCUACAGUGCAGCUGUCGCCACAGGUACUCACGUGCCUUCGUCUCCGACCAGACUUGCCUAUGCAGACGAGCUGGGAGCAGUGGGCGGCGCGUGUCUGGAAGAGGAGGCCGGCGCUCUGCGGCUGGAGGAGGACAGUGAGCAUCCUCCUAUGAUUCUUCGGACGGACUGAACUUGACCUGUGAACUCUGACCCCCAAAGCAGAGAACACCGGCUUGACGGAGGACUUUGUGUUAUGCUGCUAUGAACUUUGACCUGAGUUGGAGAGAGGAUGGCAGAGACUUAAAAAGAAAAAAAAAAAGAUCGUAGCUGUAGUCUUAUUCCAUACUGUUGAGAAAUACAUCGUUUUCACUUCCGUGGCUUUUAAUCCUGCUUAGGAAUCUUAGCUUUUUGUUUGUUUUCUCUUUUUGCCAAAAUUAACUGUUUGGUGAAGCCCUUGAAACCUUGCUUUGCAUGCAUGAAUGUGCCGAGCCAGCAUAGGAGAACUAGAAGCCACUUGAUAACAACUGCAGUUGCUUGGUUUUUAAAACCUGUAUGUAAGGAGGAGCGUAUGCGGGGAGGAGGUGGCAUCGUGCAGAGCGUUUCUGGGUGUCGAGGCGGGUUCUGCUCGGGUGGGUCCAAGAGCCCCCUCCGGGCUUGCCAGGCUGGGGGGCUUCAGCCAUGGGGAGGGGUCCUCUCUCCCCAGAGCCCCUCCUGGGCCCUUUUCCCCCCAUUUUAUUUUGUUAAUUAAAUUCUUUCCAAAUUGGAUUAUUCUGGGAUUUCUUGCUUGCCGGACUUUAUUUUAUUUCUGGCCUUAUUUUUCAUGUGGGUGUUGGAGGAGAGGGGUUCUUUCUGCUAUUAGAAAUCUUCCUUUAGGACAGCACGUGAACUGGAAGGAACACCUCAGAAGGCCAGAGCAAAGGAAAGGGGUCUCAUUUGUGUAACUAAAUUAUCUGGUCUUUAAUUUUCCUGUUGAAUAACUGGGAGGGGUGUUUGUUUUUAGAGAAUUUUGUAGCUAUUCCCUGUACCCGUGAAGCACAGAAUUAGAGUGUGGGGGGCACCCAAACUUCCCUCUGACCUUGAGCCCCGCUGUCUGUCAGGGGCUCUUCUCACCUGCGUCAGAAAUACUAGAGGUAGAAGCAAGGGUGGGGGGCGGGAGGUUGGCUCUGAGCACCUGCUUUACAGGGUGAUAUGUGCCUUUUCUAUUUUAAUCUUACAGAAUUGUUCAGCAAAAUGACGUGAGAUUGUGGUCACAGGUCCUAGUGUUAGCCCAGCUCCCCUUUUCGUUUUUACAGAAUUACACAACCGCAGAUACCUCGAACUCUGCAUUCCAGACCAACACAUCUAGCAGUCCAACUUGUGAGGCAAUUCGAGUGGAGGUAAUGGUGUAAAAGAUCGUUAUAGAGGCUUUGGAACGGUGACAGUUAAGGACAGAAGUAAAAAAAAAAAAAAAAAGCGAAAAUACUGCACCUGCCCUCCCUUUUCCUUUUGUCGGGCUUCGGAGCAAAGGAGGGCCGAGCAUCUGCUCUGGGUUGUGCUGGUCGUGGCAGUCGUGUGGCCGGGAGAAGGGGAAGGGCAGGCGUCAGCGGCGCGGACAGCGCACUCUACGUGCCCGACCUCGAGGUCAGCCCACACUCCUGGGUCUGCGUGUCCAGCAGUCGGGUUAGGCGGAAGCCUCGGUGCAGAGGGCACCCAGAGUAAGUCCUGAGUGCAGCGGAAAUCUCUAGAAGCACUGCUUAUGGCAGCAACGAGGUGCUGUGCUAGUCGGAAGUGAAGCAGGCUAGACUGGACUCUGCAGCUGGCACUGCCCGCUGCCUGAUGAACUGUGACCCUCCGUCCCUGGUGUGAGAUGGCACACGUCGGCUGAGCCCCGAGCAAGGAUGCUCCUGACCCGAGGACUCGCAGGGGCCACCCGGGACUGGGCCUAGAAGGCCCCCUCUCCCCCUCUGGAGCAAGGCCUCGGACUCCAUGUCUUCGGUGGCGCAGUUGGCCAGGGCUAGUGUUCACGGGAAAGUCAGUGUCAAAGGCGCGUGGCGGAUGUGGGGCCCUGAGCCAGGGCCUCCUGAUGACCAAACAGAGAACGGCCUUUCCUGUUUGUGUUCAGUAUGGCCGAUCUUGGCGUCUGUGUGUUGGCUUUCAUGCUCGUGGCGAUGUGGGGAGUCAGAUCUGCUCUGUGGUUUCUCUUGGCAGAGGUCGUGUCUUCGUCUGUCGUGGGACCCUUCCCUGGCAGCCACCAUCUCCUCCACGGUAGGACGGGCGGUUCAAAAAGGUGGCCUGAGCGGCUUGUGACCGUCGCCCCUGCCCUGCCCGAAGGAGCCCCGUUGUGCCUGGGCAUCAGUGGGCCUGAGACGUGUGUAGGGGACGCGGGAAAGGAGAGAACCUGGGGAAGCUGCCGAGAUGCUCGUUAGCAGAAUUCUUGCCGCUGGGCUCGAAGCUCAGCCAGAAAGGCACCCCAGCCGCCCCCGACGUGGCACUGAUUUGCUCAACCCCACACCGUACACCAGUGUUAACUUUGUCAUAAUGUUUCAAGCUCCCGAAAGAAUCACAGGAUAGGAAACAAAACCCAGACACUUCUUCAUAGACCCGUGUGGAUUGGGACCAAACCCUUCGUGCUUUCUCAAGCCGUGGAAGCCACAGCUGGAUUGAAGCUGGAGUAGAAAACACCUGCAUGCAGCCGCUGAUUCUAGCACCUUCCUGGUGGUGUGGCCUGGGUGGGCCCCAUGGGGGCCUGGGUCUCCUGUGCUGGACCGCAGGACGAUCCCUGCCUGGUGGGCUGUGGGCGCCCAGUAAACCCUGAUACAGACACUGGUCUUACAGAAUGAAACCGACCGUGUUUCUUCAGUUCUUAUUUCUGAAUACUAAGCUGGUCGGAAAGGUACAAUAAGCACCACGUAAGUAUACGGCACCAUCGAGGUCACGUGACUCCCGUUCAUCCCUGCCUUUCCAUCUCCCGGGUUCCAGGGCCCCCGAGCAGCUGCCUGCGUGGGUCUUGGGCAGAGGGGUGGGGAGACGUGCCUCCAGAGCGCUGCCGGGCCACGGUCGCCCCCAAGCAGAGCCCCUUCUGCCAGUGCGGGACACCAGCUCCCCUGGAGUGGCCGGCCCGCCCUCUACCCGCCAAGGACGGAGUUCCCAGGCUUUGCCUAGGACAGAUCCGUUUGGGGAGCAGACGGAAAAAUGGGGUCACAUACGGAAAGACUAGGCGUGCUCAGGUCACAGCUUCGCAGAGGGAAACGGGGCGGGCGGCGGCGGGAGCGGCGUUCCAGGCUCCACGCUGCUGUCCUUGGCGGCCUCUGUAAUCAUUAGCGGCCGCACGGAGCUGUGCGUGGGCCAUGCUGGUUUGGUCUGUGUGUCCCCUGCCCUAAACGUCUGGAGGUCCCAUCUUUUGCAUGCAGGGAAUGACAGGAGCUCUCAUUUAAAAUGUCUCUGUGACACUAGCUAGCACAGCUGAAAAUCCAAAUACGUUUUUUUACAAGUGUACUUAAUUCUUAAGAGGGACAGGUCGAGAGCUUGUGGUUUGGGUUCUGCGGUGUCGGAGACAUACAAAGAAAGUGCAUUCAAGCCGUGGGUUUUCUGUUUGGGAGGAGUGCUUUGUAUAGAAUUCUCUUUUGUGAACAACUGAUUUCUUACUGAAAAUAUAUAACAAUAGCUCAUUGCCAGGCAGAGCUCACUGAUGUAUAUUUUAGUUCCCACCCAGGUCCUAACCCUUGGCCUGUAUGUACCUUUUCAUUCUGUGGAUUUUGUGAAGCACAAAAGAAAAUUGGGUUCUGAGGCAUGGCCAGCCCCUCUUAUCCGUCCCUGGAAUCAAACCAGGAAAGUCUUUAAUUUGGAAAAAUUAAAUCCUUUUAAAGCUCA